UCUAGUAUUUUCUGAAUAGUUGUUUAUAUUUUUUUGGCCAAGUGAGCCGAAAAAAUAAAGGAUCAAUCAGCCAAGGGAGUGGGGGUAAGGUUGCUCCUCUUGGUUGCUGGUGUUUCCGUUUUAUCCAUCUAUGCUAUGGAUACUCUUACAAGGAUUAGAUUCCUCUCCAAUUGUUACACUUUUCAGUUCCCCCAAACCCCUGCAUUAUCUCCUUUCCCAACUGCUUUUUCAACAACCACACAUUUUGUUUCACCUCUAAGAGCGGCUCGUACCACCGUCACCACCACCAGUACCACCACCACAGUGAGCGAUGUGGACGAGGAAGUCUUGCAAAUAUUUUUGAAGGAGAGACAAUUAAAUGGGGAUUUUGUAUCAAGAACUACUGAUUUAAUAUGGCAAAUGAACUUCAGAAACUCUGGUGAUUAUGACGUUAGUGAGCUCACCGACAACUAUUCUCAACAAACAGAACAGAUCACAGAGAGUAACAGUGAUGACGGUUUUUUGAAACUUUCAAGUACCCAAGAAUGGUUAUUAGGUGACAAUUCUGCACCAAUAAACAGGAAGAUGACUGCCAAGACAAUCCAAGACAACAGAGCAAGACUCAAGAAACUGGAGGCACUCAAAUAUCAAUCUCUCAAGAGAGAACUACUACUUCUCUCUGUGGGUAUUGGAUUGGCUUGUAGUGGAUAUUGCUUGGUAGUUUUUUCUGUACAGGCUGCUUUAAGUUAUGCGGUUGGAGUCCUUUUCAGUUGCUUGUACCUUCAGCUCUUGUAUCAACAUGCAGACAACAUAUCAAGUGAAAACGUUCCUCAAAUAUUCAGGAAAAAGAAGUCGAACAAAAUUGGCAUAAGAAGCGAGGACCUUAAUGAUUUUUUCGAGAAAACAAUCAGGGGUAGCGGUAUAUCACUUUCAUCUCCAAGGCUCGUGAUCCCAGCAGCAAUUUAUGGACUUUGGGCUUUGUCUCAUCAGUAUUUUACCAAUGACUUGUUUGAUUUUCAGCUUGUGCCAGCCAUGGUUGGUAUGUUUGUCUACAAGGCUGCUGCUCUAGUGCAAGUUUACAGAGACAAUAAAGAGUUAGGCUUUGAAUUUCCAGAAGAUUAUUAAUGAAGGAAGGCUCAAGUGGCUGAAAUAUUUAUUUCGCUAUGUUCAGCAGAUCACUCAAUUUCCUACAUCCUCAAAUAUUGGAAAUGGCCUGCUGCAUCCAUAACUGAGCCCUACUUACAGUUAUCUUGCACCAAAAAAGUGUCAUAUAAUAUAUAGAAGAUGAUUUGAAAUGAUAAAAGUACCCAUUAUGUAGGAGUUUUGCUAAGAUGCAAAUGUAUGUUUGCAGCAUUGUUUAUUUAAGGCACCGUAUAUGUGGUUCGACAAUCACGUGAUCAUAAGAAGUCAUCAAUGCAAUGUGACAAUUAUUUUUAAAAAAAAUAAGGAAAGGGAACACAUCA